UCCAUGUAAUUACAUGAUACGUACAAAAAUAUAUAUACACAUAUAUAAAUCACAAAUGAUUGAUAAAUGCUCAAACGAGUUGAGCGUUUUAUACUUCGUCGCGUCUGUGCAGGGAUUUUGGUUUAAAAAACGACCGGGUCUCUGUUAAUAGGUUACAACCCCGUAUCGAGUGCUAAUAUAUUAGCCGCUUAUAAUUACUAACAAUGUAUUUCAGUGAGCCAUUAGUUCUACGGUUACUCAUUUGGUAACAGUUUUGUUUCUGAUUGUUAUGCUUUCAGGCAUACCUUAUAAUAUUUAUUAAAUAACGAUCGGUAUAAGGUUUUGCUUGUUAAUCACCAACUGUUAAAUAAGAACAAAGAUAUUAACAUGAUCACUAUCAGAUUUGAUUUCCUCUUUAAGGGAGUCUGAAUAUCUACUUAAUUUUAACUCUAGUUAACGGAGUUUUGCUUUAUUUCUUUUCGUUUAUGAGUCAGUCUUGGGAAAUGGAGCCCAUUAUGACAGAAUUUUAUAUGAAAAAAAUCAGCGAAAAUUCUUCAGAUUUCAUUGUUGAUGAUAAUGAUUUAAUAAGUAAACCCGAAGAAAAUUUUAGUAACAUGGAAAAAUUACCAAAAUAUAUUGAUUGCCAAGAAACAUUAGUAGAAAUGUCUUUUAUUAAAUGGCUAGCUGGUUUUCGGUUACAGUGUCGAAAAUCUUCAGUUAAACUGAAUAAAGAUAUUAUUCAUGGUUUACUUAGUUUGUUUCAUGAGAAUUUAUUACCAGAAGUUCUUGAUUGUAGAAAUAAAAUCAACAAAUCUAAUCUUCUGAAAUUUUAUGUAUUUCAAUCUUUAUUGUUUUUUCGAAAGUAUCAUUAUGACAUGAAACAACCAUUAUUGGAUACAAUAUAUCUUGAUAAAAUGGCUUCAUUGGUAUCCUAUUAUAUGGAUUUGGAAUUAAUGUCUUCUCGGUGUAUGAAAGGAUUGGAAAAAAAAAUUUCUAGUAAAAUUAUCUUGGCUUUAUAUUUAUUUUUAGAUGAUUCUAUUGAUUUUAUAUUUGAUUCAAUAUUUCAAUCGUAUUAUGUAUUCUAUGGUUCUGCUGAUUUUGGUUUCAUCACACUUCCAAUUUUUAAAAAAUUGUUAUCUCAGCGACCAAUACCAGCAAAAAUGGAAUUUUUUACAUAUUUACGAUAUAUUAUAUGUUUUAAGCUUUGGAAAAAAACAAUUUUUAGUACAUUAAAUGGAGCUAAUAAAAGAAAAGAACAAGAUGAAAUUAAAAUACUGCUAAGAAAAUUAAAUCCACCUCAUGAUUUUAUGGACAUAUAUCAAAAAUUAAAGUGGCCUAAUUGGCCAAAAUUGACUAUGUCACAAAGUAAAACAAGUGAAAUGUUAGAAAAAGACUUAAAAAAUGUUACAUUUAUUUUGUACAAUGCUAAUUUAUCACUGAAGGAGUGUAUAAAGGACAUAUUAGAUGUGUCCAAGGAAAAUAUUUCUCAUUUAAUAAAAUUGGUUGUCAAACGUUGCAAAUUAAAAUUUCCUGAUAUGUCUGAAAUAUUUAAUGAAGAUGAGAAUAUUAUUCAAAAAUGGAAAAUAAAAUUUGAUGAAAGUUUGAAACCAUUAAUACCUAUUACUGGAUCAUGUAAUAGUUUAUCCAGAAAAAUAAAAUAUAAUUUUGAUGAUAAAAUUGUUUUAUCAAAACAUGAUAUUAAAAAUAAUACUGAUAAUAAUGGUAUAAUUUCAAAAGAUCAUUCAAUUGAAAUUACAAAUGAUAUUAUUAUUUUAAAAGAACCAGAAAAAAGUAAAUAUAACCAAAAAAAUUUAAUUAAAAAUGAAAAAAUUGCAUUAUCAAAUAACGAUGAACUGUCUGGAAAAAAUACAAAUAUUGUUUCACUUCUAACCAACUCUAGUGAAAAAUCUAUAAAAAGUCUUAAUAUAGUUUGGAUAAACAAUCAACCAUUUACAUUAACUUUAAAUGAUAAUAUUGAAAAAAUGUUUACUUCUAAUUGUAAAGAAAAUUUUAGAAAUUCUACUAAUUUUAGUUUUUUCAAUAAGUCAAAAAAACGGUGUAGAUCACAUUCACCUGAUCAAAAUUUAAGGAAAAAAAUAUUUUGUGAAACCGAUAUUGAAGGAAAAGAAUCAAGUAAUUCCUUUAAUAAUACUCAAUUAAGAUUAAAUAAAAAAUAUUCUAAACAAGAAAAUAUGUAUUGUGAUGAAGCUGAUUAUUUAUCCAAGAACAAUAAUCAACCUAUCAUUAUAGACAAUAUUUUAGAAACUAAAUCUACAAUUAUAUCAAAAAACUGGAGCAUUAAAUCAUUAGAAGCUGAUUUUUCAGUUACCAAUAAAUUGAAUUUGGAUAUUGCAAUGAAUGAUAGUACAAAUUCUAUUGAUAAAAGUUACACAAAUGAAAAUUUAAAAAUUCAAAUAUCUAACAAUCAAAAUGAAGUUAUUUUGAAUGAGGUGCCACAAGUUUAUAAACUAUCACCAAGUACUGUAUUAGAUGAAGCCAAUUCUUUAGAAUUAAAAAACAAUCUAUCUAUGCUAAAUGAAAUUGAAAUGAAAGAUCUCAAUUCUGAUGUGGAAAAUAAAAUUUUAAAGAAAGAAAAUACAUUUUCUAAUAGAGAUUCUGAAGAAUUAAUUUCAAAUUUUGUAACUGAAGAAUCAUCUCUUAAUGAUAAUCUUCAGAUGUAUACAGUUCCAAUGAAUCAAAACGUAAUUAAAUUUAAAAAUUCUUUAAUGGAACACGAAACUGAUAACCAAGAUUUAGAAGUUGUUAAUGUUUUAUCUCCUAUUUCUGUUAACUCAACUGAUAUAUCUUUAAAUAAGGGCCCAUGGAUAUCUGAUUCUCCACUUGUUCAUGUACAAAAUUAUCCUAAUGAUAAUGAUAGAGAAACUUUGCAAACAAAUAAAAAAUCUUCCAAUGCUACAAGUAAUUUAAUUAACUCUAAAACAAAUAAUAAUUCAAGAAGUCACAAUAUUGGUAAUAAUAAAAUAGUAAUAUUAAAUCACAUGCAGUUGAAAACUCCAAUGUUGUCAAGCCAUUUUUCUCAUAAAAAAAUGGACGAUAAAGAUUCUAAAACAUGUAAUUUAUCUGUUCCUAAUUCUGCAAUCAAUCCAUUGAAUAUUUCAACCAAAUUUAUAUCAGAAUCUUUAAAUAAUCAAAAUAAUGUUGUUCUUAAAUCAUGUUUGGAUCAAAGUUUAAAUGGUUUCAUAAAAGAAAAAUGCAUAAAAAAUAACUCUGGCUGCUAUGAAACCAAUAUCACUUUAAUGAAUAACAUAAAAAAUUUGUCUAGUAAUGUAAAAAAAAUUGAUAGUAACAUUAUGUCUGAUGAGUUUAGUGAAGAUUCAAUAGAGUUAGAAUUUAAAAAUUUAGAUUCUCAAGAUAAUAUGCAUUGUACAAGUAAUUUAUCAACUUCUAAGCUGAUUCCAACAAAUUUAAGACCUAUUCAAAUUUUAAAUGAUUUUAAAGAAUUUAACUCUAACAAAUGGUCUAGUAUGAAAGGUGUAAUGGACACUUCAGAUCUUCAAAAGUCACCAAGAUUGCUAACAUAUCCAAAUUCACUAGAAAUAAUUCAAAGACCAGUUCAAUCAAAAAUAAAUUCACAUUUAAAUGAAGAUCACUUUUUUUUAGAAAAUAGAAAUUCUCAUCAAUUUUUUUACACUCCAAUUGAUAAUUAUUGUUCUACAUCAGAUUCUAAUACUAGCCAUAAUUUCAUUACUUCUGAAUCAAAUCAAUUUGAUAAUAGACAUGUUAAAAGAUAUGUGAAUGAAAUAUCAUGCUCAGAUGAUGAAUUUCUGUAUUCUAAAGUUGGUCAUUUUGAAGAUAAUCAAAAUGAAAAUCAAUUUUCAGAAAAUGACUGCAACAUUACUAUUAAUCAAAGUUUACCUAGUAUUAAUAAAAGAAUUUUAUAUAAUAUUGUUGGAAUAAACUCUAAUCAACCAGAAAAUUUACACCUUCAAAGUUCUAUGAAUGAUAAUUUGACUUAUAGUAAUUUUAAUACAUCUACUAUUUCGAAUUUAUUUGAGGAUCAUUCCAAAUAUAAAGAAUCGAUUAUUGAAAAAAGUGUGAAAAUUCAAACAAAUCCUAACUGUAAAGUUCACUAUAAAUGGCCUUUAAAUAAAGACAAAGAUGAAUUAAAAUUAUAUAAUCAAGAUAAAAAAAAUUCAAAUUUGUGGUGUACAAUUUCAAAUAAUGAAACACAAAAUAUAUCAUUUCAAAAUAUAGUUCGUUGUGAUUUAAACAAGAAUAUAAGUUCAUCUUUUUAUGACGGAAAUCAAUCAAAUGCCAUUUUAUACCAAUCCAAUGAACAAUUUCCAGAUGUAAAUAGUAUUAUGGUGACUGAUCUUUCACCAUCUUUGGUAUCAAAUUCUGAUUCUUAUGAUGAAAAUCCAUCGAAUAAAUUAAUGAUUGAAGAAACUAUAGACUUUAGUUUACAAAAUAAUGAAAAAAGUCUUAAAAUCAUAAAUGAUGAAAAUCAAACAUCCAAUCUAAGUGAUGAAGGAACUAUAGAUUCACGAAAUAGCCCAAGUUUUCCCAGCCCAUAUGAAGGAACUCUAUAUUUAUUUAACCGUGGUAAGUUAUUUUUGUGUAUGUACUCUCAAUGUACUAAUAAUCAUCAUUAUCGUGUGACACCAUCAACAGCAGAACGAUUGCGGCAUGAAUUUACAGUGCCUUUUGAUGAUUUUCGUUUCAAUAUUCAGUACAAAUUCAAACAGCUACUAACUUCAAAACCUAAAAAAUUACCCAAGAUACCAGCAUUAGAGCAGCUUGAAAAAAGAUGUUUUUGUUCAAUAUGUAAUGAUUUUGAUUCCAAAUUGAAUCAAAAUCAAGUUAUGUUAUUGAAGUAUGUCGAUGAAAAAGAACCUGAUAUUGCUAAAAGCUCUAAGAAAAAUGAACAAUUAACAUUAAAUUGGAAAAAAUGCUUAGUAAAUCGCUUUAGUACAGAAGCAGUGGCAAAACAAUCUAUAUAUCAAAUGAUUGAUGACAUGAAUAAUCAUAUUAAACAUUUUAAAUUUGCAUUUACUAUAAUAUUUAAAUUUAAAUCAGAUAGUAAUGUGAAUAUUAAAACAUUACAAAGAUUAUGUGAAAGUUAUCCAGAUAGUGAUUCUGAUGAAACAUUACCAUAUCCCAGUAAAGAGUUUUUGAACUCUGCACAUAAAUAUUUUAAUGGAAAAUCUUGUGAAACUUCAUAUCAAUAUGUUAUAGAAACGUUGCCAAAAUCCUAUCAAUCUAAUGACUUUAAUUUGCCUAGUACUUCACAUAGUUAUAAUAAGAUGGAAAGUACAUUAUAUGAACAAAGUACCUUACAAAACAUUCAAAUAAAACACACGUCAAAUAAAUCUCAAAAGUAUUUUUCAGAAAAUUUAAUCAUUCCGUCUUAUCAGCUGUUGAAAAAUACUGAUAGUAACAGUGAUUUUUCAAUCAAAAAUGAAAUAGAUAUAACUAAUGCACACUGUAAAUCCUUCACAAGUAAAUUCACUAAUUUAAAUCAUACAUUUAUAAAUGAUUCAUCUAAUCAAUUAAUUACAGAAUCGUGCUCAUUAAUUAAUUCUAAAAUAAAAACAAACGAUAUACCUUAUUACAAUAGAAUGAAUAAUGAUGAGAUUUUUCAAACAUAUCUUCAAGUUCCUAAUUCUGAAUUUGAAAGUCCUACUACUAUUUCUUAUUUUUGUUCACCAGAAAGUAUUCCAUUAGAUAACUCUGUACCAUUUUGUUCAUCAAAUUUAUCUGCAAAUCCAAUAUCUAAUUCACCAUCGUUAUCUGAUUGUAGUAUUCCAUCAUUGGUUGAAACAAUGGCUACAGCAGUUCCUGAACAUACUUUGCUAGAUGACAGUUUAGAAGCUGUUAAUGCAGCUCAUAAUUUAUUAAUGAUCUCAAAUCGUAAUAGAUACAAUAGCUCUGUUAAUGAGACAAAUGAACAAUUAUCAAAUGAUAACAUUAAAGAAUUUACUUCAGUAACUAAAUCAAAACAUCAAAUGUUAGAUAGUAUUCAUAUAGGAAGAAGUAGAAAAAAAAAAGAUGAUAAAAAAAAAGAUAAAAAAAGGAAAGGAAAACUUUGACCGUUUUUGUUUUGACAAAACAUUUUUCUUUACUUUUUUUUAAAAAUUUAAUAUUCCCAAUUUAACUAUUAUUAUUGGGUUAUUAUAAACAACUUAUUUUAUACAUUAAUCUGUGAUUUUUAUUUAUUUUUUAAUAAGCUGUGAUAACUUACUUAGUGCUCUUUGGUAAGUCUUCUAGCAUAUGAGUAAUACUUUAUUAAAAAUAACUAAUUAUUUCUCUAAAUGAAAAGUAUUUUAACAACACUUUUUUAUCAAUUUUAUUUGUACCUUAUUUAUUAUUCAAAGUUAUGAUAAAAUUAUAACUUAAACAAUUUUUUUCUAUUCAAAGUUGUAAUGAUUUUAAAUUUCAUUUUAUGAAUAAUAUUUUAAAUUAAUUUACCAAACAUUUACAACUAGACAUCUUGGAUUUCAACAAUUAAAGGACUUGUUUCAUAGAAGAUCUACUCUCAAUACAUUGUUUCAAAGAUAAUUAUGUAUAUAUCUAUAAAAAUAUAUAACUUAAUUGAAUUAUUUGUUAUCAGUAUACUUAAUAAAACAAUAAAUAUGUAAGUAUUAAUUUAUAAAUGCUAAAGAAAAAAAUCUUUAUUUACUUAUUUACAGAGUUAAUACAUGAAUAAUACAAUUUUUAAAUUAAAUAUACAAAUAAAAUAACUUAAGAUAAUUUCAAUUAAUCAUUUAAAUUUUUUACUUAACAUAAUUUUUAUGUACAGUAUAUUUUUUUUAACUAUAACUUAAUUACAUUUUUAUAUUAACUUAAUAUUUUAUAAACUAAAAGACGAAAUUGCAUCAAUCAAAUCAUCAUAUAUAACUCUUGUAUCAAACCAGCAGUGUUGACAAAAGUUCAAAAGAUCAUAUUAGACACGAAUAUAAAUUUUGAACCAGAAUUAUAUCUAAAUGAUUGUAUUAAAUUUGAAAAGUUAGUAACUGUCACAAAAAAUCGACCACUAAAGAAAAAUGUUGAUCACCAUCUACUUGAAAAGAUAUGAAAUCAGUAAAACUAAAUUGAUAAAAAACAGAUUAAAAGGUCAAAAAAAUGAGUUACUACUAACUUGGAUAAAAUAUAAUACUUAAAAUUCAUAGUCCAAUCAAUUAUACUAUUACAUUAACACAGAGCAAAUAUAAUAUUUUAUAUAAAAAAAAAUCUAUUUUUUAUUUUAGCUAUUUUAAGUUCAAAUAGAUAUUGUGAACUUAACAAAUGUCAAUAAUAAUUAUUUACAAUAGUUAAUUAGAUGCAAUUUCAUUUUUUAUAAUUUAAACCUAUACACAUAAUUAAGUCUUAAAUAUUCAUUUUUAAUAUUAAUUUACUUAUGUAGAAUUAUUUGUUAUUGUGGUUAUGUUUCCUGAUAGUAAUGUAGGUGUAUUAUGAUCUCACUUUAUCAAACACAAUCUUAGAAUUACAUUCAUAGUUAACUUUUAUAAACAAGUUUUGAUAAGUUAUGUAAUUAGUUUUCAUAAGGAUAAAUAUCAUAAAAAUAAUAAUGAAAAUCUCCCAUUUUUUUUUUUUUUUUAUUGCAAUUAUUAUAAUUUUAAUAUCAUUAUUAAUUUUAUCUAUAUAAUGUACUAAAAUUUCUAAAUGUAUCAUAGAAAAUAAGUGUUUGUGCUUGUAAAAAAUAUUAGCACAAUAAUUUUAUAACUACUUAUACUAUUUUAUAAUACUAAUUCGUAUUUUCUUCCUAAAUUAGUUAUAACAAAACUUACUUUAAUCUAUUUUAUCAAUAAAUCAUUCUUUUAUAGCAUAAAUAAUGUACUAUAGCCAUUGUUGAUCUUUUAUUUAGUGAAUUUUUUAUUUUUGAUAUUUUUGUAACCACAUUGUUCAUUCAAUAAUUUAUACUAAUUUUCUUAUUGGUUCUUUUUAAAUUUAAUCUCAAAUAAUAAAAUUAAAUAUUACUAUUUUUUUAUUAAAGAAAUAAUUUUAUUAAAUACUUUAAGUAUUUAAUAAAACUAAUAUCACCCAUUUUACAGUAAUAAUUUAUUGAAGCUGCUUUAAUUGUUUUACACUGUUUCAUAAAUGAUAAUAUAAA